AUGUCGUAUGCUCAAGCUGUCGCCAGUGGUCCUUCUCAACCACCGCAUGAGGCUCGCGCCCCAGCUCCACCGGAGGUCGAGAAAACCGAAUCCGUCAGUACCGCUUCUUUAGUUGAUGUGGACGCACCCUCUGUCCAAUCUGUCCACUCCGAUUUCCUCAACCAGGAAGUAAAAACGACCACACAAGCCGAGCGUCUGCAACGAGAAGCCGAGGACGCGCUUUCCCGAGAACAGGCCGCUUCUGGCGGCAAGAAAGGGAAGGGGAAGAAAGAACGAGGAUUUAGUAAAAACGCGCAAAAUCCUGUUUACCUGGGCAACGCCUUCAUUAUUACUGCACUUAGUGCCGGUCUCGGAUAUGGUGCGUACCGAAAGCAUGUCGAAGGAAAGCUUUCCUGGGAGGCUGCUGGUCUUUGGGCUGGUGCCGUGGGACUAUUCGCUGGUGCGGACUACAUUGUUAGCAAUUUAAUUCCACUGAAAGGAACGAUCAUCGUCAUUGCACUUGACAAUUCUCUUUUCAAUUCUGCUUUGAAGCAGUCUACGGCCAUACGUCAUGAUCUCGACACAUUCGCCGAAUCCCCUGGCACAACAUCGCCGGCACUACAAGGACAGAUAUCUGCAUCGCUUGCCUCCUUUUCGCGGACGAUAGACGACUACGCGGCGCUCGCCAAAAGUGAACUUAUACCGGAAAAGAAGGAAAAAGCGACUGAGCGGGAAAAGUCCUUUCACACGGCAUUGGCAGAUUAUCGUCAACAGUUUGAGCGUCUCCGUAAAGAACGAGAGGAUACAAUAUCGAGGACAAACCGCAGUGAGCUUUUUGGCCGUCGUCCACAUCAUGCCGCGACUCCUGAAAACCCGUAUGCAGACCACGCUCUCCCUCGAUCAUCUGCAUUUGGGUCAGGGAACGCGUCGGGUUCAGCUGGCGGGCUGAGUUUCGGCGCCGGUCCUGGGAACUACGAUCGCGAGACACAUGCACUACGAGAGCAAUCGUUCUUCGCUCAGACCAAUACGCAACUGGACGAGUUUCUUGAUCGGGGCCGCGCGGUCCUCCACGACCUGGGUCAGCAGCGGGAUGUUCUGAAGAAUACACAGCGUAGAUUAUACAGUGUCGGCAACACAUUGGGGAUCAGCGGGGACACCAUUCGCAUGGUAGAGCGGCGAGCCAAAGAAGACAAAUGGAUAUUCUGGGGCGGCGUAGUGGUGUUUUUCCUAUUCUGCUGGCUGGUGAUUCACUUUUUGAGGUGA